ACAGCAGUUGAAUUUAGUGCGCAUGCACUCGGUGUAGUUUUCUAUCCGAGUCGUCAGGCUGCGGUGAAGUGGUGCCCCGGCAAGAGGACUACAACUCCCAGAAUGCCCAGGGCCGUCGUUAUUUUCCGGCCUAACGGAAGCCAGUUCGGGGGAGGCCUGGAAUUGUUAGGAAUGAGCUGCUAAAUUUCAGGCCUUCAUUUUUCCGACUUGGCAGAGUUAAUGAGUAGAAAUCCAUCACCGAUGACAUGUUCUCUGAACUACAUACAAUAACUUUUGGCUCGCGAUUCCGUACUGGAUCAACAAUUUCGAAAGCAAUACUUGAAGAAUGAGUGGCCACAGAUUUAUACCUUUUGGGCAUUCUGCUGGGCUGUAUACACAGAAUUUCAGAGGCCACCGUAUGAUUAUUCGUCACCUGCAGAAUUUGGGCAAGAACAAUAUUGUUCGCUUAUCGGCUCCUCGGUUGUUUCAUAACAUUCCAAACUUCUCCUGUCCUCGGGUGAUAAAUCCCCAAGGUUUUACGAGUUCUCUCCCCUUCUAUCAGAGACCACCGUUGUUCUUUUAUGGUAGUUCAUGUACAAGGGGUGGUUCUACACAACAAACUUUUAAUUCUUACACAAGUCGAUCAUCGGGUUGUUCCAUGGAACCAAAUGUAGAUGCACGUCAACGUAAACAAAGAAAGCGUGAUUCAGCAAGUAAGAAGCAUGGUCCAGCAAGUAAGAAGCAUUUGAAAUUAAAUGACACAAAUCAAGCAGCACAGGACAAAACUAACAGUGAGCCUUUGCAGGACAGUGAAUUGGAUAAUUUGUGUGGCUCCAGCAGGGUCGAAGGUCAAGAAGACAGAAACCUAAAAGUAGGGGCAAUACCUAGAAACUGGGAGGAUUUUACAUCGUUGUACAAGAACAACCAAGGUACUAGUGAAUCAAAAGGAACUUCAAAUGGAAAACAAAAGGAAGCUUUUGAUUUUUCAGUACUGUCAUAUAAUAUUCUGGCACAGGAUUUAUUGGAGGACAACGGUCACUUAUAUAGACAUUGCAGUCAGCCGUUAUUGCAGUGGGGAUUCCGAUUUCCUAACAUCCUCAAGGAGCUGAAACAGUUGGAUGCAGAUAUCAUGUGUUUACAAGAAGUGCAGAACAACCACUAUGGAAUGCAGCUGAAGCCAAUAUUGGAAUCAUUGGGUUAUCAUUGUGAAUACAAAAUGAGGACAGGAAACAAGAGAGAUGGGUGUGCUAUUUGUUUUAAACGCUCAAAAUUUUCACUCGUCUCUGCUAGCCCAGUCGAGUUCUAUCGUCCUAUGAUCCAAAUAUUAGACAGGGACAAUGUUGGACUUGUGGUAUUACUACAGCCAGCUGUUUCACAAUCUGCUGCUCGUGUAUGUGUGGCAAAUACUCAUCUCUUGUAUAAUCCACGUCGAGGGGACAUCAAACUGGCUCAGCUUGCAAUACUGCUGGCUGAAAUUAACAAACUGGCAUCUGAUGGGAAAGGUGGUCACUGGCCAAUUGUCCUGUGUGGAGACUUCAACUCUGUUCCUGACUCUCCAUUGUACAACUUCAUUCGGCAUGGGAAACUUAUCUAUGAUGGACUUCCAAUAGGAAAGGUGUCGGGUCAGGAGCAGAGUCACAGGGGCCAGAGAGCCAUGACAAAACCACUUUGGCCGCCUAGUCUUGGAAUUUCAUCAGAGUGUCAAUAUGAAACAAUGAGAGAUACAGAUGUUCCGGACAAUUCAGAAGCUCUAAAAGAGGACACUAACAAAAAGAAUUACCCCAUGGAUCAACUGACUCCUGCUAUUCAGCACAAAUUCAAGCUACUUUCUGUGUACUCCCAUUAUCUGCCUGGGACUAAUAAAACAGAGGUCACCACCUGUCAUUCCAAAUCUGCUGUCACUGUGGAUUAUAUCUUUUAUUCAGCAGUAAAGAAUAAUGGGACUGUAGAAUCAGGAAAUGGUGGUCACUUGCAGCUUCUUGGGAAACUUGCACUACUUACAGAACAAGAUCUUUGGACUGUAAAUAGAUUACCCAAUGAAAAUAGCUCUUCAGAUCAUCUGCCUUUGUUAGCUAAAUUCAGACAUAAACUUUGAUAUAAGGAAAGUUGCCAAUAAUUUCUUCCUUCAGUAUUUGAUCAAAAAUUGUAUAUUUUGGAAGGUACAAUAUUUUUGUGUAUCAUUUUAGGCUUUGAUAUUUAAAAUCUUCUAAGAAAUUUAUGUCCAAAAAUAAAAGUUUUUUUUUAUAUCUAG